AAAUAAUUAUGUUUAGAAUUAGUUCGGAUAAUUAAAGAUAAAAAUAGAGGAUAAAUUUAAUAAUUAGAAUAUUAAGCGAUGUUUGCGAGUAGGCGACCGUUGAGAAACCAAUGUUUUUAGGACAAGACGAUCGAGUAGUUACCGAGUCUUGAUCGGACCCAAGAGAAGGGGAUCUUCUUUUCUGGCCAGUAACAGAAAACACCUAUCUCUGCAUCUUCGCCGAGUGUUUCUCUUUCAGUGCCACGAUGCCGGCUUUCUCGCGCCUCUUUCUCUACAUCCAUAAAUACAUAACCAUCCAUCACCUCUCUCUCUGCUGUCUCGCUCUCUCUGAGGGGAAGAGGAUUUUCUCGGGGGGACGGAGAGCUGAACCAAAGGCCAAAGAACUCUCUCAGAUUGUUGUUAAAUUAUGGAAUCCAUCUGCAAAAGCAACCAUCUUACUGUUCAAAAGCCAGAGGCUGUCUCUCAUCUCCAAGAGGGUAUCGCAUUGCUUUUUUCCCGAUGGAAUGGCCUGCAAAUGGCUAUCCAAAACCAGUGGGGUGGCCGCGAUUCCCUCCAGAAAUCCCACCGGCUCGCCACCGAUAUCUUGUCUUGGUUCUCUCAAUCUAGAGGACCAAUUUAUGUUGAAGAUUUGGAGAAUUUGCUCCAUGAAAGCUUGCUGCUUUCUUUCAACACAGAGAUUGAGGACGGCAGCAUUGAGGAGGUUGCAGAACAACUGAUAAUGAUGCAUGAAGAAUACUUGCACAGAAAUCAUUAGACAAAAAAUCGAGUCGUCCAAAAUUUUGAGUUAGAAGCUUAUCAAAGUUCAUGUUCAAGCAGGCAGCUGUAAUAUCUAGCCGAGCUUAUUUUCAGAAUUCUGUGAUUUUGCCAUUGGGGUUGUUCUGCUAUAUAAUUCUUAAUCAGCUUCGUUGCCCACAGACAAGCUCGUGCAAGGGUCUAUUCAUGUGAUUGCACGUCUAUGUUAUGUGUGUACUAGUGAUGUACAAUAGUUGUGAGAAAUUUAUUUAAAAACUAACAGCACUCGGAAGUGUUCCUACAGAAACCCUCCUUUAUGGAAGAGGGAACAUAAUGGAAAACCAUUACUUGUAAGCGUUCAUACAAGACAUCCUUAUUUUGGUAAAAUGUCUUAACUUCAUACUUAAUAAGGAUUAGCAAAAGUUUCCCAAUGGAUAAACUUCAUUAAGGGUG